AUGGCGUUCGAGUUUGAUUUAGAGGAAUUCAACGACCAACUCGCACUAUUCAACCUAACAUGCCCGGAUAACGAACAAAUCGUUGAGAAAUUGGAAGAAUUGUGUAAAUCGUUUCGCAAAACGAGCGAUGACAUUUGCAAUGAUAUCGUUUCUGUGAUGAACAACGAUGGAAAGACAGUUAUCGACAGAAAUAUCCUUGCGAAACUGGAAGAAAGAUUCGAAGCGGAAACCAAGAAGGUUAUAAACACACCAAGAUCCAUGAAAAAACCUGUGAAAUCAGUGCGAGUGCCUCUUUCUGAGAGAAGCGAGUUCAUCUUGAGCGGAGGUCCAGGGGACGAUGAGAAGCCACAUCACAUGUCGAACACAGCAUUCACGAAACUCGAAGGACACUUUCUAGAGUUCUCGCCUUUCCCAAAUUCUCCGGCUAAUGAGAAGUUCCUGAAGCGAUCGGAUCCAGGUCUCGUUGUCAGUGCGAUUCGAGGAAGAAAGUUCCAGGAUAAAGGAUUGAAGGGAGGCGCCAAACACGAUGAUAAAGUCAAAAUUGUCUCGAAACUCCCGAACAAUUUUUACGGAGGUGACAAGUCGUCAAUGGUGAUUGAUGCAAAAUCCACGAGGAUGUCGGAGUUUGCAAGACGGCUGCAAGCUACAAACGAGGAAAUCGCCGACUGGGGAAAUCCUCUGGUUCCUUCAGUGGAUUUCGUGUACACUUAUGGCCAGAUCGUUCACGACGACACCAGAGAUAACGAGAAGUUUGGAGAGAAUUCAGUGGCUUUGAUGAUCAACGACGAAGACGGAACGAUGAUUCGGCUGAAUUUUAGCAAAGUCACAGAGGACGUCACUCUGUUCCCCGGACAAAUUAUCGCUGUUCGUGGAACCAAUGAGACCGGUGAAGAGUUGCAAGUUGAUCGAAUCUUCACACCCAAAGCACUGCCAGUGAACCCUGUAGAAACUGAUAUCACAAAAGACAUCUGGUUUGCCUGUGGUCCUUACACAGCAAUGGAUAACUGUGGGUACGAGCACCUCUGUGAAUUACUGGAUCAAGUGGUGGCCGAAAAGCCAGAUAUUCUCGUCCUCGCUGGACCAUUUGUAGAUAGAAAGAACACGUUUCUGAACAAGCCAAAUUUGACAAUCACCUAUGAUAACCUGAUGGAAGAUCUUCUCUGUAAGAUUAAAGAAAAGCUUGUGAAUACGAAAACCGAAGUGAUCAUCCAGCCAAGCUCAUCUCGGGAUCUAUGCACUCCAUCAGUUUUUCCAAGUCCCGCAUUCCGGUUCAAGAGCCGAAAACUGGAUAUGAUCAAGAAGGAACUUCACUUUGUUCCGGAUCCCUGCAUUAUCCGCAUUGGUCAAAAUGGCGUCGACAUGGCAGUGACGAGCAGUGAGCCGAUUCAAGGAUUGAGCAAUUCGGAAUUUCAUCGAUCCAUCAACCAGGAAAACAGUGAUCGUAUCGCUCGACUCUGUAGUCAUUUGCUCACUCAACAGUCAUUGUAUCCACUGGAACCAACAGAAAUUCCAUCGUCGUUGGGUGAUCUUCUGGAAGUUUGCCAGCUCACUUCUACUCCACACAUUGUAUUCGCACCAACCAAACUCGCUUCUUCCGCCAAGAAAGUGAAUGGAAGUGUCUUCAUAAAUUCAUCGACACUUGCCAAGGGUCCAACUGGAAACUAUGUGAAAAUGUCAAUCAACCUGAACGCAGGAGAGUUGGGCCCAUUCGAAACAGUCGCGGAUUAUGCUAACAUUCAAAUUAUGAAAAUCUAA